AUGAAAUCUAAGAAGAACUUACCACGUAAGUCUAAUUAUCUUUAUGACUUUGCGGCUCACCCAGAUCCUCGAGAUGUUGUAUGUGGUCUCCUAAAUGGUGUGGAUAUACUUCUUGUUGAUCCAAACUUAUAUCCUGCCAUUGUUGAUCCGUUAAAUCUGUAUAAAGGAAGAUAUAUGGACUCUGGUGAUGAUAAAGUAGUUGAAAAGAUAGAAUUUAUCUUAGAUUAUAUGAAAAAAUACCCCGAAAGACAAAUGAUGGCACAAAAAUUUGCACCAUUAACAAGAGCUCCUCGUCCGAAACCAAAACCAUAUACACAAGAGCAAGCAGAAGAUGAAGUUCAAUAUCUAAUCGAUGGAAAUCCCUUCAAAACAUACAAUCCAGAUCAAUAUCAACAGUUGAUUGAAGUUCUACGCCAAAAACGUAAUCACUAUACCGACAUUCAAGAGUUCGAUACUGCAGAUAUGUAUUCAGACAAACUCAAACAGUUAAUUCAACUGUCUGAAGCAGCGGCUACCCUUGAAAUGUCUCAAGAACGAGCAGAAGAGCUUAAAGCGAAAGUAGCUGAAGCAGAAGAAUCAUACGAAGAUAUGAAAGUUCGUUGGAAUCGUGUUCUCAAUAAUUUUUACGCUGCUCGUAAAGAAAAUCUUACUAACCUUGUUAAAGAACAAGAAGAGGAAUACAAUAGAGCUGCUUCAAAGCUUCAAAAAUCAAGGCCAAGAUCAAUUCCAAAAGUAUCUCCAGCAUUACUUGAACUUAAGAGACGUGAAGAAAGCCUUGUUGCUGCCAAGAAAUACAUUGAAGCUUCAGAAGUGCGUGCAGAGAUAAAUAAAUUUGAAUUUACUGAAGAAAACACUUUUCAGCAGCAAUGGGAUGCAUCAACACGCCAUGCAUUGCAACAUCUUGAAAAGAAGCAUGACCAAAUAUACAAAAUCAGAGAAGCAAACUUAAAACGCGAUGAAUUGAAUUUAAUUAGAAAUAUGGAUAAUGAAUUAAAUGCAGCUCAGCAUAAAUUGGAAACUCUCAAGAAGUUAUACGAGAAAACUGAGAUGUUUAUUGCUCCUAUCCAGCAAGUUGCAAACAAUGCAAACCCAAGUCCUCCGGCAACAGCAAGAUCAUGUCUUCCACCAAUUAAAAUGCCUGCUAAGAAUGAAAAUGGCCCUGCUUCAUUCAGGCAGAGAGCUCUGUUGAAUAUGAAAAUUUAUACACGAAAGCCACCUAAAUCGGCAAGAACUUUGAAUCAUUGA